CUUUCUCUAGUAUUAUCUUAUCUUUUCAAAGGGAGAAGAUGACAGCCACAGAGGUCCUUACUACAAUGGAUUGCACAAAAACCGAGGCAAUGAAGCCUCCUCUUCCAAAGACACAGAUGCCCCCAUUGUUUGAUCAACCUGUCACUGCAAAGAAUUGGUACAAGUUUGUCAAUUGGCCUCAGUCAAUCUUACUACUCUCUACUCCCUUAAUUGCUCUCUAUGGUGUCUUUAGUACCGAAUUGAAAAGGCAGACCUUGAUUUGGGCCAUUGUAUAUUACUUUAUUACUGGACUUGGCAUUACUGCUGGCUAUCAUCGUAUGUGGGCACAUCGUGCUUAUCGCGGCACUCUCUUACUUCGUUGGAUCUUUUGUUUUGCUGGCGCUGGCGCUGUUGAAGGUUCCAUCUACUGGUGGUCUCGUGGCCACCGUGCUCAUCACCGAUGGACCGAUACAGACAAGGACCCUUAUAGCGCUCACCGUGGCUUCUUCUUUUCUCACUUCGGUUGGAUGCUUGUGCAAAGACCAAAGAACCGCAUUGGAUAUGCCGAUGUUGCUGAUCUCAAGGCUGAUCCUGUCGUUGCCUUCCAACACAAGCUUUAUCCUUAUUUCGCCCUAGGAAUGGGGUUCCUCUUUCCUACUUUAGUGGCUGGUCUUGGCUGGGGCGAUUUUAGAGGUGGGUUCUUUUAUGCUGCAGUCUUCCGUCUCUGCUUUGUUCACCAUGCUACCUUCUGCGUCAACAGUUUAGCUCACUACUUGGGUGAGGCCACAUUUGAUGAUCACAACAGCCCUCGUGACCACUGGAUUACGGCCAUAGCCACCCUUGGAGAAGGAUACCACAACUUCCAUCACCAAUUCCCUCAAGAUUACCGUAAUGCCAUCAAGUGGGGUCAAUAUGAUCCUACCAAGUGGUUGAUCAUCGUUCUCUCCUGGUUCGGUCUCGCUUAUGAGCUCAAAGAAUUCCCCUCCAAUGAAGUUAGCAAGGGCCGCAUCUUCAUGCAAGAAAAGAAACUGCGCGCUGAAAAGGCCAAACUCAACUACGGCACCCCACUCAAGGAUUUACCCGUAUUCACAUGGGAUGAAUUCCAAUCACUGGUACUGAACGAAAACAAAAAGUGGAUCUUAAUCGAAGGUGUCUUGUAUGAUGUUGGAAAAUUCAUGAGAGAACAUCCUGGCGGUGUCAAGUAUCUUUCAACAGCUAUUGGUAAAGACAUGACAACUGCUUUUAACGGUGGUAUUUAUAACCACUCUAAUGGCGCUCGUAACUUGCUCACUUCUUUACGAUGUGGUGUGCUCAAGAAUGGUAUGCAAGUCAUGUCAGAAUCAGACGCUGCCAAUGCCACAGCUCAUACCUACGAUGUAUCCUUGGAAUAUAACUCCAAGAUUGCUGAUUUUUACAAGAAGAGCGAUUAAGCUUUUUUAAUUCUUUUUUCUUCAUUUAUAUAUUAUAUGCAUUUUUUUUCCUGUUGCAGCAUUUUCACAUUGUAUAAAGUAAUAAAAUAUAACUAUAUCACAGUCAA